AUGGCAGGUAUUGAACUGUACGCAUACCAGGAGGAAGUGGUUCAAAGGGCUCUUCAGAGAGAAAACACAAUCAUCUGGCUGCCGACCGGCGGUGGAAAGACUCGUGCUGCCGUGUAUGUGGCCAAAAAACAUCUGGAGACCAUACCCCGGGCUAAGGUGGUGGUCCUGGUAAACAAGGUGCACCUUGUAGAUCAACAUUACACCAAAGAGUUCAAGCCUCACCUGGGCCGAGAAUACACCUUGGUGCCGGUCAGCGGAGAGACAGCGGAGAAGGACUUCUUUGGGAAGGUGGUGGAGGACUCGGACGUGAUCAUCUGCACAGCACAGAUCUUGUACAACGCUCUGACUAACGAGGAGGAGACCAGACAUGUCGAGCUCUCAGAUAUCACGCUCCUGAUAAUCGAUGAGUGUCACCACACCAACAAGGACGCCGUCUACAACAUGGUGAUGACGUUGUACGUGGAGAAAAAGUUGAAAGGGGAGAAACGAUUGCCACAGAUUCUGGGUCUCACUGCGUCGCCGGGGGCAGGGGGCGCAAAGACCUUGAGCAAAGCUGUGGAGCAUGUACUGCAGAUUUGUGCCAACCUGGACUCGGCCAUAGUUUCAACUAAAAACUACGUCACCGAGCUGAAGGAGAAAGUACCCAAACCCAAGAAGCGGUUUGACAUUGUGGACAAAAGGCUCGAGGAUCCGUUCGGGGAUCAUGUGAUGGGCAUGAUGCAGAUGAUCCACGGGUACAUGGACCUUCCUUCAGACGUGAGACUGAGAGAGUGUGGCACACAAGAGUACGAGGCAGACGUGGUGCUGCUGGAGCAGCAAGGAGCAAGAGAGUUCAACAGGAUGCUGGCACAAUGUGCACUCCACCUCAGACAGUACAACGACGCCCUGCUCAUCAAUGACACCCUGCUAAUGAUGGAUGCUUAUCGCUCCCUGGAGGACUUCUACAACAACAAGGUGACCUCCACAAUCGAUGGAACAGACGUCUUCCUGGUGGGACUUUUCCAAGAGAAUCAGGUGGAGCUGGAGAAAUUGGCAAGAGAUUCUCGCUACGAGAACCCAAAGAUGGGCAAACUUGAGAGCACUCUGCUAAGACAGUUUGUUCCAAGUGUGGAAUCGAAGGGGAUCCUUUUCAGUAAAACCCGUAAAAGCAUCCACUGCCUGAACGACUGGGUCCACAACAAUGAAGCCUUAAAGGAAGCUGGCAUCAAGGCAGCCAUCCUCACUGGGGCGGGCAAUGGAAGCACUUACAUGACGCAGCACGAGCAGGCGGACACGAUCCGCAACUUCCGCCAAGGCACUCUCAACCUCCUGAUCUCCACCAGUGUGGCUGAAGAAGGCCUCGACAUCCCUGAAUGCAACCUGGUGGUACGCUAUGGACUGCUCACAAAUGAGAUUGCCCAGAAGCAGGCCAGCGGACGUGCCCGAGCAAGAGACAGUCUGUAUUCAGUGGUCGCCCAGAAAGGGGGGCGGGAAGAGCGGCGGGAGCGCACCAAUGAAUAUCUGGAUGAGCUGACUGAAGAAGCCAUUGCUAAGGUCCAAGCUAUGAGCCCCCGGGAGUUUUCCACAAAGAUAACUCAGCUACAAAAGGAGGCAGUUAUUACUAGACAAAUUGCAGAGCGCAACAAAAUAGCGAUGAAGAGUCGCCACACUGAUGACAGCGUCCAAUUCUCGUGUCGAAGCUGUUUCAAGCCUGUGGCCUCUGGCAGCGACAUUAGACUUCUUGAGAAUCAGCACUAUGUCAACGUCAAUCCUGAGUUUGAGAAACGCUACAAAUUCGGCGCGCAGGUGAUGCUAGGAAAGAGUUUUGAGGACUGGGAGCCUGGGCGUAAGAUCUGCUGCAGAAACUGCGACAAGGACUGGGGAUUUGAGAUGAAGUACAAGAAGGUUGUCCUGCUGCCCAAUCUAGCCAUUAAGAACUUAGUCCUGGAGACCCCUGAUGGCAGGAGGACUGUGAAACAGUGGAAGGAUGUCCCUUUCACCGUUGAGGACUUCAGCCUUAUGGAGUACUCCGAAGAGAACCAUCCCGACCUCGACCUCGACGAUUGAGACCAACAGGAGAGCUCUGUGUGGGGUUUUCCUACUUAACAUGUCAGUUUUUAUCUCUCGUCAUUCCCGUGUAUUGGUGUCAGAGGGUCUGUGCUCAUUUAGAGAGGAAAUCAUUGUAUGAGGUGCCUUAGUAUAAACACAGGCAUUUAAAAUAUUCACUUGCAUUAAUGUGUGCUGGACCGGUGAGGCCGCAGUGUGAACAACCAUGAACCCUUCACACGGCAUCGCAAAGAGGAUUCCUCAUGAACUGUCUUUUGGCUAUUUUUAAAUUGUUCAUAGUAGAUGCAGCAGAAUAUACAUUGUGCACAUGUACUUAUAAUCUCAAUCUUUUAUCAUGUGACUGUAUACAAUUUUUUUACGACCGCUAAUUAUGGUCAAUUAAGCUAAAGCUAAAGUCGAAAUGACAUUUAAAUAAACAUUGAAACAGA